AUGAAGCCCACGCUCUCGUGGCGGCGCCGGCUCAUUCUUGGCAUGAGCAUCGAGGACGCACGGAGCAAAUUCGACAGCCCGGAGUCUCGCGUGGCGUUGCGGCUGGCGCACGAGCGGUACAACCAGGGCCUCUAUCACGAGCUCACCCUCGCCCAGCGUCGCCGCAACCGGCUUCCCCCAGAGCGGCGCUGCCACCUCGUGCGCCACACAAAGCCGACUGUGAAGGGCUUCCAGUCGUACAUUAAGUCCUGCCCGGAGGACUACGUGGUGCGGGAGAUUUGGCGCGAAGACGACGACGACGAAGAGGCGGCGCUUUCGUUGCACGAGGGCGGCUCGCUCGCACAACGGAGCAUCGGCGACGCAGCGAACGCGCAGCAGGCCCCGCCGCAGGAGGGCCAAGUCGUGGGUUCAGAAGGAGCAGCCGCGGCGGCCACGGCAGCAGGCAUGACGCCACCGUCGCUGCCAAACCAUGUGGGAAAUCAAAUCACGGCGGAUUUCAACACGUACGAGCAACACCGUGCGGUAGUGCUUCAGGAGCUUGCACGGGUGGCAAACACGCUUGGGGGCGACGCACGGCAGCAGCUCAUGGAGAGGCGAGAAAGUGGGACGUUGUUGGCUAUUCGUCAAAGCUCUGUUGUGGAUCGUCUGGUGGAUAACGUGAAGGAGGCAAAGGAGAAGGGUUAUACCAGUCUCUCCUCCUCCUCGCACCUGUUAGAGACGAUCAAGCUCUCCACAACGGUGUGCGGUAAAAAAGAUAAAGAGCUCCUUGAGGCCUUUCGCAGCCCAUUUAUAAUUUUUCCAGCAGAAGAGCACCAUAUCUCGAUUUCACUCUGGAUUGCUGGAAACUUGAUAGAGCAAGAGGAACUUGGCACGGAUUUUCCAUACCACAUCGUGAAGCAUGUGGAGCCGGAGUUAGGAGAGGAAGCUGCGCUGCCGCCACCGCCGACGAGUCGCUUUCCAAAGGCAAGCAUAGAAGUUUAUUUCUCCCCCGAACUUUACCAACUGCAGCAAACGCUUGGAAUGGACGGCAUACAUGCCCUGCGGCGUUUUAUUGGCCGCGCGAUGAAGCGUCAGCAUGACCCGUUGCCCGCGACCCCCUCCAUUGUUCUCAACAUGAGUCGAGGGCAGCAGGAGGCGUGUGGACUUUGUAGCGGGGAGGCGACGCAGAUUCCGUGGCUGCAGCUCAUCAAGGCAAAGGCGUCGACCGUCACAGGGACCGUUCUGGAGGUCUCCUCGGAGGAGGCACCGACAAUCGCGGCCAUGCGGGAAGCCAUUCAACUUGUGUGGCGCGCCUGGGGUCACUUGGUCAAGGACCUUCGCGUGCACGGCGACCUCGACUUCCUGUACCUCUCCGUCUGGCCGCAGAUGGAGACGGCUGUUGCGACGCCGCAGCAGCGCAGCAUCAUGACCUGUGAGGGGCGCGCCAACAAGAAGGCGCUGGAGAAGGUGGCUCCUCCGCAAGGCAUAAGGCAAGGAGAGAAGGAGCAACAGCAGCAGCCAUCCGCGGGCUCCAUUCGUUGCAUGGGGGACGCGGUGGAGGGACUCAUGGGAGGGGACAGUUCCAUAUGGAAAGGCUUUAACCCGCGUAAGUCGCACGCGAAAAGUGUCAUUGUCCCGACAGACUUUGUAGUGGUGGAAUGCACGCUGGAGAAAAAGGGAUUGCCGCACCGCCUAGUGGUGGAAGACGUCGUGGAGAGCCUCACGGAACUUCAGCGACAGGCGAUGGAGAUGCAGCGGGCUGCGGUUGCCCAAGUAAGCGGCGGUGCGGAGGGCACCGAGACGCAGACUGACGCGGGCUGUGGUAGCGGGUUGCGGCCGGUGUUGUAUGCGCCCAACAUCGUUGUCUCACACGCGGGUGUCAUUGACGCGGCGGCGCACAGCUUCCAGCGGAUUCGUAUUCGCGGCAGCUGCAUUGCUCACGUGGAGUCGCUUGCACGCGCCCUUGAAACAGGCGCGCAUUUCACAGACGGUGACGGGCCAGGCCCGAUGUACGGCGCCAACCCCAACUUCUCUCCUGCCACGGCUGGGGGCGGUGACGCCUCCCUGCUGCUCCCGCCAAAUCUUUCCUUCUCCCCCACCCACCACGCCAACCCUGCGCACGCGCUGGAGCGGCAGCUGCUGGGGCAUCGUGUGCCAUCCAGCUACGCGGUUCAGCGUACGGCGAGUGGUCGCUUUCACCGCUACCAAACCCUCCGCCCGCUGCAGGGCCUGGUCGUGGACAAGGACGAACGCGAGUUUUGGAGCAACCACUACUACCGGUUGUCCGACAUUCGGCUGGUCUUUCACGACCGCGUCGGCCCUGCGGAGGUUGCGAACCCGAAGGGGUGGUCCUCCCCGCUGAAGGAGCGACUUCUUGCGAUGAGUCAGUCACGCAACAGCAAGCAGCCCUCGCACGAGGAGAGCGAGGCGGUGGGGACGGCAGGCAGCGAUGCCGCGGAAUACGCCGAGGACACCGCCGCCCGCGGCAAAAAGGCAAGAAAAAAGAAACCCAAGGCGAAACGCGCGGCCUCCGUGACGCUUGAGCAAGUUGUCGCUACGCUGAGCCCAGAGAAGUUGUUUGAGUUUCUCUGUCUGGACAUGGAGGUGGAGAGCGCCUCCUGCGACUUUCGUGUCGGCGACAAUGACGGCUACGCCUACCGUGUGAAGCUACGACGCAUACCGCAGAAUCACCUCCCGCUCGUGCAGCCUGCCAUACGCUCACUGGAGGAAAAGGGUUUUAUCAACUACUUUGGCCCGCAGCGUUUCGCCUCGUACACGAAGCAAAAUAUGCAUCCGGGGCUGCAUCUUCUUAAAGGGGAGUUUCGUGCCGCCGCAAGCAUUAUCGUGCAGCAGUUUUACAUGGAUUCCUAUCACGCGGCCGAGAAGCGACGUACCGGGACGGAGUUUGCGAAAAUGUACCACUCAAAGGCGAUGGGAGUUCGACUACCCGAUCCCAUGAGUUUGGGCACCGCCCGACGCUCAAUCGCGGAGCACGGAACCGCGCUGCAGUCAAUUCUUGACAACGCACUGCAGGCUGCCGCGCUGCUUGGCGACGACGAGGAAAAGGCCUCGUCGAUAGACCCCUGCGAGGAGGCCUUUCUGCGCGUGGUCGGCCCCACCGCAUCCCUGAUGCUGGUGCAUGAGUUUCUCGCAUUUGUCUGGAACGAUAUUGUCAACCAACGCCUGCAGCGGUACGGGACGUUUGCCAUUCUCCCCGGCGACCUUGUGCGUCGAAACCCUCUGGCCUCGCCGCACUCAAAGGAGUACAAAAACGUCGUCUUUGCCUCCAGGAGCGGCAUAGACAAGGGCAAGUACACCUUUGCGGAUGUGGUGCUGCCGCUCCCUGGCGUGGGCAUCCAGCUGCCGGAGAACCACACCACGGACCUCUACAUUGUUGCCCUGCAGCGGAUGGGCAUUUUGUUUAACCCGGAAACGAAGCAGUGGGACAUUUUUCGCCCCCGGCGUGGCUUCACUGGCGAGGGCGCAGCUCAGCGGGGGGCGGGGACGUCCUCGCCGUACCACCGCUUCUCCUCCGCCUUCGCGCUGAUGGAGGAGGAACUAGGCAACAGCACGACCAUCGUCGAGCCCAUCGAUGGCUGUGACACAGACGCCGCCGGGGAGUAUGCGGAGUUCGCGGCCGCCGCAGAUGCCAGCCAGCUGAGGCCGGAUUUGCGUCAAGGGGAGGUGCCUGGCAAUCCACUAGGCGUUAGCGUAUUUGGCUUUUACCGCCAUUUAUUAAUCAACCCGUCGCCGACGCUGCGGUGGCAAAUGCAGCUAGACCGUUCCGCGGGCCCGCAGCAGCGUUGGGCGCUCGGCGUGCGACAGGCCUUCGCACUGCCCCAUAGAGACAUCCUCUCUGCCACCGAGGACGGCGUUCGUCAUUCCCGCCAGCCCCAGCAGCAGCAGUUGCUCCUUGGACACACACCUUUGGGCGACACGAGUAGUGACGGUACCCUGCGACGGCGGCGUAGUGCGCCCCCUGCACCGUAUUGGCUUUCCAAAAAGGAUGAGGGCAGCCUUGAGUUAUCCUUUGAGCUUCCGUCUAGCGUCUACCCGGGCAUGCUUCUGCGCGAACUCACAAAGAGCGAUGUGAACAGCCCCGAAACGGUGGAUCUUGAUGGGCCAGUGAUUGAAAAUAGGGCCAAGUCGUGGCACAGUCUUCGGGCGGAUCAGCAGGCAACGUAUAAGAGGCACCUGGCGAAGAAACGGCAGAAGUUAUUCACGAGCCGACCACGGGCCAUCAGUGUGGCGCUGCUGCAUCAGCACAUCUUCCGUAGUGGUGGGAUGCGUCGUAGUCUGCUGCCAUCCAUGCGCGGCUACGAUAAUGUUUCCAAGUAA